AUGCGAUCAAUGUAUCGUUGCAGUGCAUCCACACGGCGUUCUCUCCCUGAGGGUUUCCAUCCCGACCUGGAAAAAGCUCUUCCUGCGCGGCGGAGAUGCGCUCUAAGUGCUGGAGUGCUGUUCAAACUGCCGGUGGUGCGAGAGAUUGCGCUCGGCAUGGGCUGUGUGGAUGCUCACAGAGAGAUCGCCAAAAAAUGUCUGGCAAAAGGGCUGAGCCUAUCUGUGGUUCCUGGAGGAGAGCGGGAGCAGCUUUUAGCACAGCGUGGCCAGGUAGAGGAGUUGGUAUUGAAGCAGCGGCAGGGGUUCAUUCGCUUGGCCCUCCAAUAUGGAGUGCCGAUCGUCCCGGUUUACGUAUUUGGCGAGGCUCAACUGUUCAAACAGAGCAGGUUCCUUUUUGGCCUUCGAUCUUGGUUGCAGCGAGCGUUAGGCAUUGCCUGGGUCAUGCCCUAUGGACCGUGGGGACUGCCUUUCCAAAAGUUUGAUGACCCGAUCCGGAUUGUCGUUGGCAAGCCCGUGCCAAUGCCCAGGAUGCCGGAGCACACGAAGGAGGACUUACAGCAGCACCAUACAAGGUAUGUUGAAGAAGUGUGUCGGCUUUUUGACGACAACAAGGCUGCUGCUGGAUAUGGAGACAAAAUCCUCCGUAUUGUGUAG